GCGGCUGCGACGCGCCGGGAGCUGAGGUAAAGCUGCGGCUCGGGUCUUGCCAGGAGGUGUCCGAGCUGGCUGAGCCCGGUUUAUUGAAAUGGAAUUUCAAGCAGUAGUGAUGGCAGCUGGUGGGGGAUCACGGAUGACAGACCUGACUUCCAGCAUUCCCAAGCCUCUGCUUCCAGUUGGGAACAAACCUUUAAUUUGGUACCCAUUGAAUCUGCUUGAGCGUGUUGGAUUUGAAGAAGUCAUUGUGCUUACAACCAAGGAUGUCCAAAAGGCUGUGUGUUCAGAAUUUAAAAUGAAAAUGAAGCUAGAUAUUGUGUGUAUUCCUGAUGAAGCUGACAUGGGUACUGCAGAUUCUCUACGCUACAUAUAUCCAAAGCUUAAGACAGAUAUGCUGAUACUCAGCUGUGAUCUGAUAACAGAUGUUGCCUUACAUGAGGUUGUGGACCUGUUUAGAGCUCAUGAUGCAUCACUUGCCAUGUUAAUGAGAAAAGGACAAGAUAACUUAGAACCAGUUCCAGGUCAAAAGGGGAAAAAAAAGACAGUGGAGCAGCGUGACUUCAUUGGAGUGGACAGCACAGGAAAGAGGCUGCUCUUUAUGGCUAAUGAAGCAGACUUGGAUGAAGAGUUGGUCAUUAAGGGAUCCAUCCUGCAGAAGCACCCUAGGAUACAUUUCCAUACCGGUCUUGUAGAUGCCCAUCUCUACUGCUUGAAAAAAUAUGUUGUGGAUUUCCUAAUGGAAAAUAAAUCAAUCACUUCUAUCCGGAGUGAACUGAUUCCAUAUUUAGUAAGGAAACAGUUUUCCUCAGUUUCCUCACAACAGAAGCAAGAAGAAAAAGAGGAAGAUGUAAAGAAAAAGGAGCUGAAAUCCUUAGAUAUUUAUAGUUUUAUAAAAGAACCCAAAACACUCACCUUGGCUCCCUAUGAUGCCUGCUGGAAUGCUUGUCGAGGAGACAGGUGGGAAGACUUGUCCAGAUCACAGGUGCGCUGCUAUGUCCACAUCAUGAAAGAAGGGCUCUGCUCUCGAGUGAGUACAUUAGGACUCUACAUGGAAGCAAACAAACAGGUGCCUAAACUGCUGACUGAUCUUUGUCCAGAAGAAUCACUGGUCCAUUCAUCAGCCCAGAUUGUCAACAAACACUUGGUUGGAGUUGACAGCCUCAUCGGACCAGAUACACAGGUUGGAGAGAAGUCAUCCAUUAAACGCUCAGUUAUUGGUUCAUCCUGUCUCAUAAGAGAUAGAGUGACUAUUACCAAUUGUAUUCUCAUGAAUGCAGUUACCGUGGAAGAAGGAAGCAACAUCCAGGGCAGCGUCAUCUGUAACAAUGCAGUGAUUGAGAAGGGAGCAGAUAUCAAGGACUGUUUGGUUGGAAGUGGUCAAAGGAUUGAAGCCAAAGGUAAAUAA